AUGUGUGCAAAUAUUCUCAUCACUGGUGCUUCCGGCUACAUCGGAGGGUCUAUUGUUACAGAAAUUUGGAGCCGCAAAAGUGAAUUUGCGAAGGCCGUGCAGAUUCAUGCUGCGGUGCGCUCCCAAGAACAAGCUGAGAGUUUCUCGGAACGGGAUAUUCGCAUCGCACAAUUAGAUCUCGGUGAUAAGUCUGCUGUGGUAAAUUAUGUACUUUCAAAUGACAGUCCGUCUACCCUCCCCAUCAAUGUCUCGGAUCUCUUUGAUCUGGUUAUCAACAAUGCAACUUCGAUAGAUCCGAAUGUCGCGCUGAACCUCAUAGUGGCCCUGAAAGAGCAGCGUGAGGCUACGGGAAAAGAAUCUUACUACGUUCACACGACCGGGCUAUCUGCAUUCGACGAGAACACGAAUUGGCCAUUCGGAGAAGUGAAAGACACAGAUCCAGUUUAUGACCUCGAAAGAAAGUCUGCAGACACGUACAUCGUUCGACAAGUCGACACUUUUGUCGUUCAACAACUGAAAGCGGCCGGCGUGACCGGGUUCUUGAUAUUCCCACCGACCAUUCACGGAAGAGGUUCUGGAACAUGGAACCAGCUCUCGCCACGGAUACCAGCCCUUGUCAAAGCUAGCAUCAAAUACGAGCAGGUCUACAGAUUUGCCGAAAAUCGAAUCGCGACCUUAGCGCAUAUAUCAGACGUAGCAGGGUUUUAUGCUCAACUCCUCGAGGCAAUUCUUCGAGGUGAGCAGCUCCCAACCGGCGAAGAUGGUUACUAUUUCCUCGUCUCACAUGUCGUGCCAUGGUGGGAAAUUUUGGACCGGCUUGCGGCGAGAUUACAUUCUCGUGGUCUGGUCACAUCAGCAUCAACUAAAACGUGGCCCUCCGAUGAGAUGGCGGCUGAGUCCGUGGGCGUUCCGGUUAAAUUCGCUUAUAGUAUGUGGAAUUCUAGUCCCAAAGUACUGUGCGAGAAAAAGGAUCUUGUCGGAUGGAAACCGAUUUGGAACAAGGAGAGCUUCUUGGAAAGACUGGAUGAUGAGAUAGAUGACUUUUUGGAACUGGGUAUGCCAAAGAGUAGCCUUCUGGAUUCGCUGAAGCCCAAACCCGGCAACUGA